AUGGCAUACGACGAUACGGCAUCUACACCGCAGUCGCAAGCUUUGCAGACUGCCAAUGCGAAACGGCCGACAGACUCGCUGCGACGAUGCUUCAUCUGCUUGACGGAUGAAGAUGCAUCUGACCCCCCGGGAACCUGGGUUGACCCGUGCCCGUGCACACUCGAGGCCCAUCAAGACUGCAUGCUUUCCUGGGUGACGGACUGCGAGCGCACCGACAAGCCGUUGAAAUGCCCCGUGUGCAAGUCCAUGAUUGAAAUGGAAGGACCCUGGGACCCUAUCGUGGCGCUGAACGACGCUGUUCACGCUCGCUUCUCCCAAUACAGCCCGUACGUCGUUGCUUUUGGGGUGUCCAUGAGCGUGCAGUUUAGUCUGGAAAUGUACGGAGCCCUGGCAUUGUGGUUGUUUGCCGGCAAGGAGACGAUGAUGCGGUUCUUGAUUGGUCCGGAACUGGUCAUUGAUGCGAGAAAGGCAGGAGGACUGCGAUUUUUCCGAGAGCGCCUCGGGAGCGCUGUCGUCAUGAUGAAUGUGGCUCCCACGCUCCUUUUCAGUCAAUUACUGCCCAACCUCAGCAACAAGAUAUUUUUACCAUCAGCAUCCUUGUAUGGCAUGUACCAGAUGUUGCACGAUGAGACCUUCUUUACCUGGCCACCGUCGCCCCGGCUGGCAAUCACCGCCUUGCCCUACGUUCGCUCGCUUUACUACAACAUUUGGCGAGAGCUCGUACAGCCUUAUGAGGCGAAGCUUAACCGGCAGCUUCUGGGGCUGCCACCCGCCGAGCCAAACAACGGGGGACUCGAAGAAGCUCAUGGCCAGAGACGCCAGGCACAGCAGAAUGGCGAAGGAGGCUUUGUCGGUCUCUUGCAAGGCAUCCUUGACGUUUUGGAUCCAAACGACGACGACGACGGCGACGACGGCGACGACGACGAGCUGCUGCAAGGUCACCACAUGGAGGGACGAAUCGAGUUGAUGGCCGGUGACGCAGACGCAGAAGACGAGGGCGAAGACGCAGAGUUUAUGAUUGAGCUGCGGAUAGAGGAAGUUGGAGAGGACCACCAUGACGGACAGGACGUAUUCGCCGGUGGGAACGGGCCUCGCGCGGAAGUCGGCGGCGGGGAGACAGCAGCGGGAGAGCAAGCUGGAGGAGAUGGGCGAGAGGCCUUGGACGGCGCAGGGGUGCCCGCGCCAGCUCGGAUGGCGGCAGAAGGAGGCUUUGAAGACGGGGAUGCUCACGUCGCCGGGGGCGGGGCCGGGGUCGGGCAAGGCGAGCCGGACCAGCCCGGGCAACACGAGGCACCGCAAGCGCCACCUGUGCGUCAGAUGGGGCUGACGGGCCUGUUGUCGACCAUGUCCAACGCGGUCGUAGGCGCGCUCCUGCUGCCCGGCGUGUCGUACGCGAUGGGGGAAGCCCUGCGGCUGGCAUUGCCCAGAUCGUGGACGUCUUCGUCUUGCGCUCCUCGCACGGGGGUGGGCGGCCGACCAGGCCUUUUGCAGCAACAAUGGGGGCGGAGCUUGGUGGGCGGCUGCCUGUACAUUGUCCUGAGGGACGCGGUCCGCGUGUACGCAAAGUCGCGGACAGUGGCAGCCAUGGGGAAGAGGCGUGUGAAGAACGUCGACCGAAGGCGCAGGGACAGGGGCAGGGGCAGGGGCAGUUGA